UACAUUGCUCCUUAACAUGAUUUACAGUUUGGACUUUUAUUUAUUUCGCGAUAUAUAUUAUAACAUAUAACAAGUACGUGUAUGGCUGUUCGGCAAUAUUUGUCCAAAGAGGGAAACUAGCUGACAGUCUAAACUGAGGGCAUCAAUAACUAAAGCUGAACUAAACCGGAAGCAAUUGUAUCCUGUCUCUCAUGAAGAGCAGCACAGCGGUCGUGUUGUGUCGUGUUGAUUCAAAGCUUCAGGGACACACAUCUCCUGUUUUAAACAUCCUUAAAGCCAUUGCCACCAUGGCACCUCUCCUCUUGAAGCACCUGGCUACUUCCCUGACUCGCCAAGUGGCCCAGAUGAGCCGGUUAAAUCUGACCUUCUCCUCACCAGCAGCUCGUGCUUACAGAUGUCUCUGCACCCUGGCGACAGCUCCUCGCACACUGCUCCUCUCAUCAGCCAGAUUCAGCUCGAUUCAGCCCCCCUCGUCCGGCUCCUCCGCUCAGUGUGGACCAUCUCUGUUGGGACAGUGUCAGCUUCUUCCCUGCGUCCAGCCCUCUGCGGGGAUGAAAACCAAGUCUGCCCUGAAGAAGCGAUGCAAAGACUGUUUCUUUGUCAGGCGGAGGGGGCAUUUGUUUGUGUUCUGCAAGACAAAUCCGAGACACAAGCAGAGGCAGGGCUAAAAUGUUGAACAAGAUUGCUUUGUGAUUGUGGAUAUUUGGAAGAACUGUGCUAUAAUAAAUUGUUUGGCUGAA